AUGGUAUUGAAGACCUAUUAUGACUUUUCUAAUCGGGGUAGUUAUGGUGGAUUGGAAAGGUUACACAAAGCUACAGGUGUACCUGUCAAAAAACUCAAGGGUAUCACCCGAAAGAAUUUAAUAUACUCUUUGCAUAAACCGGUACAAAGACGAUAUACAACAAAUCCAACGGUAGCUAAUAGUAUAGAUCAUCAAUGGGCAGCCGAUUUAGCAGAUAUGAAAAAUUUAAGUAGAUACAACAAGGGGAUAAAAUAUCUCUUAACGGUUGUAGAUGUUUUAAGUAAAUACGCCUGGGUGGUUCCUAUGAAGAACAAAACCGGCGCAGAACAAAAACGUGCUUUUGAGUCUAUUUUAAAAAAGGGUAGAAAACCGUUACGUCUAUAAACAGAUAAGGGAAGUGAAUUUUACAACAAACCGUUUCAAGAAUAUCUCAAACAGAAAAAGAUCACUCAUUUUAAUACUCAAAGCGAUACAAAAGCUUCUGUGGUAGAAAGAUUUAACAAAACCCUCAAACAGAGGUUGUAUCGAGCUUUAACAGCUAAUGCUACUCGAAAGUAUCUGGAUUUUUUACCAGAUUUGGUCAAGGGUUAUAACGCAUCUGUACAUGAUGCUACGGGUGUAGCACCUAAAAAUGUCACCAUGUAUAACGAUGUAAAAAUAUGGAAGAAAUUGUACAGUAAGAAAUUAUUCGGUGUACCCAGUAAAAAUUAAAAAAAGCCAAGAUUGAAGGUGGGAGAUAAAGUCAUGUUGAGUAAGGUUCGUAGAACCUUUAAAAAGGGGUAUUUACCGGGAUGGACAGAGGAAAUAUUCAUCGUAGAUAGAGUAUUAAAUACCUAUGCACCAUCUUACAAGAUCAAAGAAUACGAUGAAACUCCUAUCAAAGGUACGUUUUAUGAGGAAGAGUUGCAAAAAGUUGAUAUGGAUGAUUAA